GCCGGGCGGGCGGGCGCGCGGGCUCGGGCCGCCAUGGCUGCGCCCGCCGAGCCCUGCUUCUUGGGAUGGGACUUCAGCACGCAGCAGCUGAAAGUAGUCAUUCUGGAUGAACAACUGAGAGUCAUCCAUGAAGACAAUGUUAAUUUUGACAAAGACCUUCCAGAAUUUGGCACUCAUGGUGGGGUCCAUGUUCAUAAUGACAGACUAACAGUGACUUCUCCUGUACUGAUGUGGGUCAAGGCCCUGGAUCUGGCUUUGGAAAAGAUGAAGUCUUCUGGAUUUAACUUCUUCAGGGUGAACUCUCUAUCUGGAGCUGGACAGCAACAUGGCAGUGUCUACUGGAAAGAAGGUGCAAAUUCUGUUCUGCAGAACUUACCACCUGAUCUUCCUUUACAUCAGUCACUGAAGUCCUGCUUUUCUAUCGGCAACAGUCCUGUUUGGAUGGAUUCCAGUACAGCUCCCCAGUGCUCCUCCCUAGAAAAAGCUGUUGGAGGGGCUCAGAAACUUGCUGAGACCACUGGCUCACGAGCCUACAUGCGUUUUACAGGAAACCAGAUAGCAAAGAUUUACAGCCAGCACCCCGAGGUCUACGCACAAACAGAGAGGAUCUCUUUGGUUAGCAGUUUUGCAGCCUCGCUUUUCCUUGGGGCGUAUGCUCCCAUUGACUAUAGUGAUGGUUCUGGCAUGAAUUUACUGCAGAUCCGUGAGAAAGUAUGGAGUUCUGUCUGUCUCAAUGCUUGUGCACCUGGAUUAGAAAAAAAGUUGGGUCAUCCCGUACCAUCCAGCAAAAUACUGGGUUCCAUUUCGCCAUAUUAUGUGCAGCGCUUUGGAUUUAACCCUGACUGUAAAAUUGUAGCAUUUACUGGAGACAAUCCAGCAUCUCUGGCAGGAAUGCAGCUUGGUGAAGGAGACAUUGCAAUUAGUCUUGGCACCAGCGAUACGUUGUUCCUUUGGAUUAAAGAGCCGAAGCCUGCCUUGGAAGGUCACAUCCUCUGCAGCCCGGCUGAUUUGCAUGCCUACAUGGCCUUGCUCUGUUAUAAGAAUGGUUCUUUGAUGAGAGAGAAGAUUCGAGAUGAGGUUUCCUCGGGCUUGUGGGAGGAAUUCUCUGAAGCACUAGCGUCUACACCUGUUGGGAAUAAUGGCAAUGUUGGUUUUUAUUUUGAUGUGAUGGAAAUUAUACCUGAAGUGGUGGGAAUACACAGAUUCAACUUGCACAAUGACAGAAUCGUAACAUUUCCCAAGGAAGUGGAGAUACGGGCCUUGAUUGAAGGGCAAUUUAUGGCCAAAAGAAUCCAUGCUGAAAAGCUGGGGUAUCAAAUCUUGCCAACAACACGAAUCCUGGCGACGGGUGGGGCGUCCUACAACAAAGCCAUCUUACAAGUCUUGUCUGAUGUGUUCAAUGCUCCAGUUUAUACUAUUGACACCACCAAUUCUGCCUGUUUAGGAUCUGCUUACAGAGCAAUCCACGGUCUACCAGCCUUUGCUAAAGAGAUACAUGGAACUGGAGCAGCGACUGCUGAGUGGAUCAAAGUAACAUCACACGACAGCGCCAAACAAUUACACCUUUGCCCUGUGUCAGUGAACAGCAAACUGAAGAUCAGACAAAACUAUCUGAAAUUCUGUAACACAUUCCAUUGUUUUAUACCUAGAUCUGAAAGAUUUUGAUUUGAUGCUUUCUACAGGCAGGAUAACAAAAGCUGUCUUUGUUUGAUCUCUUCAUCUGUAGUUGUCCAAAGUCUGUAUGCCUUCCUGCUUUUGCCUUUUUAUGCCUACCAGUUUAGGUUUGGGGCACAGAAAAAAAACAUGCAGUCACAGGACUGUGACCCAGGAAGCUAGCAAGAGGCCAGCUAGCCCCUACUUUCUGCAGCCCCAAACACGGCAUCCAGUGGUUGAUCGGGGUUUUAGUGUCUCAGUACAUGGCAGGCCAAGUGUGAAAUUCAGCUAUGUGGAAAUCCGGGUGCUUUUUUCCAAGAGCGUGGUUUUGGACAAAACCUCACAGAGACCAUACCAAGUGCCAUUACACAAUUAUUUUGGCUUUUUGCCAAGUGAUGGUCAGAUUUUCCUCAUGAGGAAUCCUGUGAAUGGUAGUUUUGUACAGUUUCCGGAAGAUCUGUCAGGGGCCAGCAUAUGUACCCCUUUCACAAACUACCUUUCUGUGGUGGGAAGGAAUUUUAUUUUUUCCGAUUUAUA